CAGAAACGUCCGGGAUCCUGCCGACCUCUGCAGCUUCUCCUUCCGGUUUCUGGAGCUCAGCAGGAAGCUUCAUGCGUCAGGACAAGAGAUUCUCUUGUUUCCACUUCAUUAUUAAUGCACUCGAGGGUGAAACUGCGCAUGUCCGCUUUCUGUGCGUCCUCGCGCGCUGCGGACAUGACGUCCCGCUGCUCUGCUCUCACCUGCAGCUUCUGGACCAGCAUCUCCUCUGACUGACCGCAGCGUGGGGAGCAACAGCCAAUCAGCUUCCAGAUAGCCUCUCAAACACGCCCCCUGCACGCACGCGCGCGCGCAGACACGCUCCCGCCUCCUCUGUAAUCCUCCGUCCUCUCCAGGCAUCAUGGCGGAAAUUAAAACGGGAAUCUUUGCGAAGAACGUUCAGAAACGGCUGAACCGGGCCCAGGAGAAGGUUUUGCAGAAACUGGGAAAAGCAGAUGAGACCAAAGAUGAGCAGUUUGAACAAGUGGUGAUAAACUUCAAGAGACAAGAGUCUGAAGGCGCUCGGCUGCAGAGGGAGAUGAAGUCCUACAUGUCUGCCAUCAAAGGGAUGCAACAGGCGUCCAUCAACCUGACUCAGUCUCUGCAUGAAGUCUACGAACCGGACUGGCACGGCAAAGAUGACAUCGUGACCAUUGGGAAGGACUGUGACGCGCUGUGGGAAGAUUUCCACAACAAACUGGUUGACUCAACUCUGCUAAACCUGGACGGAUACCUGCAGCAGUUCCCUGACCUGAAGAUGCGUGUUGCCAAAAGAAGUCGGAAACUCAUCGAUUACGACAGCGCUCGGCAUCAGCUGGAGGCCUUGCAGGUGCCUGGGAUGAAGAACGACAGGAAGGUGAUGAAGGCAGAAGAUGAGCUUAAAAAGGCUCAGAAAGUUUUCGAUGAGCUGAACGUCGGCCUUCAGGAUGAGCUGCCGACUCUCUGGGAUCGCCGAGUCGGUUUCUACAUCAGCACCUUCAGGUGUGUCACCAGUCUGGAGGCCAAGUUUCACCGAGAAAUCUCACUGGUGUGCAGGGAGCUGUAUGAAGUCAUGACGAAGCUAGGGGAGCAACACUCUGACAAGAUCUUCACCAUCCAAGGAGCUCCGAGUGAUUCUGGACCGCUGCGCCUCGCCAGAACCCCGUCACCACCGGAAGACGAGACUCCCCCAGAGAGCCCAGAUGCCAGCUCCAAUCACAUGCUCCGCCCAGUUUCACCUGGUCCACCCCGGCCAAAAUCCCCAAUUCAGUUUAAAAAGGGUCCACCGGUUCCUCCACCUCCUAAAGUCACACCCACUAAAGAAGUGGCAGAAGAGCAAAUCAUUGACUUGUUCGGAGGAGAAUUUUUACCUGCUCCUUCACCUUCUCAGCCAAAUGAACGACCAGGAGAGUCUCUUCUUGACAUGGACUUUGAUGCUUUCCAGCCGGAUGAAAGUGUUUCACCGAUUCCUCAGACGGCUGUACCGUGGGACAUGUGGUCGGGAAAUGCCCAACCUACUCAGCCUGUAAGUAUCGACCUCAGCACACUGACACUCUUCACUUCUUUAUCUGUUGUUUUAUGCAUCUGUGAUUUCAAAGUACAGUCAUAUGAAAAAAUUGGGCACUUCUGAUAAUCUUAAUUAUUU